AUGGCACAAAUGAUAUACAGGCUUGUCUGCAAUGAACAAAGUGCUUUAAAUGUUUGCAGAUUUCAACGUUGCUUUUCUUUUUGUUUACAGAGAGAUCCCACUGUCGCCGACCCGGACGAUCCCCGACUACUUCUAGCUCACAAAUCAGAUUCCCUCUCUCGGAAACGAACCUCUUCAACUGACUCACCUCCCCAUAGAAAUAGAUUCACAAACCGACUAGGUGAUUGCAUUCCUUCUAAUCGAGCAUCCAAUGGAUGUCAACCCUCGACGCAAGCUUCACCAAUACCUCCUCUACAACAGCAAGCUUCGGUGAAUGGUGUGAGUUCAUCAAGUGUUCUCCUGCACAAUGCUUACUACCCAGUCAAUUCUCACACUACCGCUACAGCAGCAUCUGCGGCUUCUAAUGCUGCUGGUGUAAAGAAUUGGUCUCAAGCUAGAUCUCCACCCCCGUCACAUGUCCUCAUCUCCACUGGAGCUAAACCAAGGGCGGGUGGGACCCCGGGUGUUAUUGCUUCACCCCUCCAACCUGGUGCAAGCCUCACACGACCUCCGCUUAAGCGAGAACUCCUUAUAAGUGGAGAUCAAAUGAAUGGAAACAAAGGUGCCAGUGGAAAAUGUUGUAUUGUAAUGUAG